AGUGUUGAGGGGGCGGAUAGUUCUGAUUUUCUCUACAUCGUGCUUAGCCAAUAAUGUAGAGGGAACUGUUGUGCACAUCUCAGCUGGCAGACAUUUAAAAGGGAGACAGUCCGGCGCUGGAGCAAUUUGUAUUAAACCCCCCUGGCCCCUGUCUAUGGAGCGGUUAGUCUCCCACCCAUCCGCAGUCCCGCCAGAGUACAGUCGACAGCAGUAGGUGCCUAUCACCUCGGAGGGUGCCUUACAGGACUGACAGGAUCAGAUCAUUGCGCUUGUUGCAGUGGAGGCUCCAACAGGAUGGCCAGCUCCACGCGUAUCCUUUGCAGUAUGGUUUUCAUCAUCGGGUUGCUGUCCUCUCCCGGGGAUUCAAAAAGAAAUCGGGGUUCGCAAGGCGCCAUUCCUCAUCCUGACAAAAACAACCCAAACGAAUCGGAGCAGCAACCGCAGCCCCCGCAGGCGGGCUCCGGGUCCCGGCAGAGGCAGGGCUCAUCCUCACCGGCCGACGAGGUGCUGGAGUCCAGCCAGGAGGCCUUGCAUGUGACGGAGCGCCAGUAUUUGAAACGGGACUGGUGCAAGACGCAGCCGCUCAAACAGACCAUCCACGAGGAGGGCUGCGUCAGCCGCACCAUCAUCAACCGCUUCUGCUACGGACAGUGCAACUCCUUCUACAUCCCCCGGCACAUCCGCCGGGAGGAGGGAGCCUUCCAGUCCUGCUCGUUUUGCAAGCCGAAGCGUUUCACCACCAUGACUUUCACUUUGAACUGUCCGGACCAGCAGCCACCCACCAAGAAGAAACGCAUCCAGCGCGUCAAGCAGUGCCGCUGUAUAUCCAUAGACCUGGACUAAGAACACGCCGCGAUGUGAUGUGUGUACGCGUGUGUGUCUCGUUCACUUAUUCUUCGCGGACAGGGAAAAAAAAAAAGAAAAAAAAAGAGAGGCUGUCACACAGCCAAGAGCACGUGCCUGUCUCCACCUAGGGAUAUGCUCCACGUAUGUGUGUGUAUGUAUGUAUGUACAUAUAUAUACGAUGAUUCUCCUCUUGCACAACGUGCGAGCGAACUUGGACAUGCAACUCACAAAACCGAUGCUGAUCUGCUUGACUUCACUCCUCACCAGUUUGCCAAGUCCGAAAACAAGCACCGCUGCACCGGAACGCUGACUUGGAGGGGGCGCGUUUUAGGCACGGCCUCCCCGACCCCCAGCGGGACCGCACCAAGCCCCGGUUUUUUCCGACAAGCCAACUGUUCCGGACACUCGUCGCGACGGGAACGCAUUCCUGUCCAGUUUCGCAUUUCGCGCGCGUUGAAAUAUGUUUGUUGAACUGGAUGUUUCCACUGUGUGGAAUUCGAUGGCUGAGUGGGGAUAUCUGUAGAUGGGGGGAAAAUGCGAUUUUGUUUCGAUAUUCCCGGAAUCCUUCGGUUAACCUGAUCGAUUUCUGUGAAUUCCGAAGAACACCAGUAAAAAAAUGUUUUGGUUUUUUUUUUUGGAAAGUUGAGUGCCUAUUCAAAUGUAGAGACAACAGGCUUCUUUGUUAGUUUAAUGUACGGUCAAUGUACAGGGAUGGUUAAUACAGCAUAGAGAUGAAAUUGUUGUAAAAUGUAAAGCCAUCUUUGAUGUAACCGGUUUGUUUAUUCCUUUGAUUAAAUGAUCCAAACAUCGAAU